UUGGUGACCUAACGGCAAAACAAUCAUGGUCUCAUAUUGUUGGUGGUGAAUCUAUCUUCAAACGAAGCUAAAGUCUCGGCUUGAGAGGGUAGAUUGCGAAUAACAACUGUAUAUAUGUCAAAAACCAGUGCUGUUCUGUAUGUAAUAAGUCUAACAUCCUGGGUAUCAUGUCUAUCAAAUCGGAUAAAGAAACGCGCUCGAGCGAUGGACAGCAGGCCGAAUACUGUUUCGACAAAGAUUGAACGGUCCACAGAAAAAAAGUUGAUCAUUCAGGGAACGUGUUGCUGCUCAGGCAGCUGAGGUAUGCUCAAAUAGGAUGAAUCGAAGGAGCGAAAAUGGGGUAUAUA